AUGGUUUUUGCUAUACCAGGAUGUCCUGCUAACGGAGUAUCAUGGUUAUUGUACCGACAACUAGAAGAUCUCAACCACCUGAACCUGCCCCCUGCCGAGGUCACUGGCGGCAUCCCGCUGAGCUCGCCCUGGACGUUCUGGCUGGAUAGGUCGCUACCGGGAACAACAGCAGCAGAAUGUGAAUCUAAUCUAAAAAAGAUAUGCACAGUUCAAACUGUGCAGAGCUUCUGGGGUGUGUACAAUAAUAUCCCGGAUGUAACAAACCUGCCUCUGAGAUGUAGUUACCAUUUAAUGAGAGGCGAGAGGAAGCCGCUAUGGGAAGAAGAAAGCAAUGCAAAAGGUGGAGUGUGGAAAAUGAAAGUUCCUAAAGAUAGUUCAAAGCUGGUUUGGCGAGAAUUAUUGCUAGCUACUAUUGGAGAACAGUUUACAGACAGAUGUGCAGUUGAUGACGAGGUGAUUGGUGUCAGUAUGAGCAUCCGUGACCGUGAAGAUGUAGUUCAGAUUUGGAAUGGAAAUGCUUCUGUUGUUGGAGAAGCCACAGUCUUAGAAAAAAUAUAUGAUCUUCUGCCAAACACUGCUUUCAAAGCUGUAUUUUAUAAACCCCAUGAAGAGCAUCAUGCAUUUGAAGGUGGACGUGCCAGACACUAGCAGAAAACCUUGUUUUGUUUCCUAUUUAUUUAAUACCUUUACUUCCAGAGGGUCUUUUAGUACAGUGUUAUUAGCCCAUCUUCAAGCGUGAUUUAGUCUAAGUGGCAGGUCUUAGGCUUUAUUUACAGCUCUGCACAAUGCUGACUUUAGGAUUCAUUUUAAGAACUUCAGAAUGGUCAAUUUUAGUACUCAAAGGGAAAAUUAUCUUGCCUAAGAAACUUUACUUUUGGCUGAUUUUCAUAUCAUUUCUUUGUAUGCUUCUAUCCAUAAAUCAAUAUACCUCU